CACAAAAAAUGUUUUAUUUUGUUUUUUUGUUCGGAAAUUUCGUACUUAUCCAUUUAAGCUACCUCUCUCUGUGGCGAAUCUUCUUCAGUCUCCGCUGCGUCUCUUUGCAACCGCCAUGUCCGACCUAAACUCUCCAAAACCUAAGCCUACACGCGACCUUCCUCCUCCGUCCUCAAUCGACCCAUCCCACCCCAAAGCUUCGAUUCGGAGCUCCAAUGGAGUCGGGUACUCCGGCGGCAAUUCGUUCCCUAACCCACCCGACCACGUGAACCCGGAUCCCGCCACUCUCAGAGAGCAAUGGAGAUUUGCCAUUCGGCAAUACAGCAAGUGGUAUUCUCACGCAUGGGGCACUGCCAUACUCGCCGGCGCGUCCUUUUUCGCCAUUGGGUGGAUCAUCAAAGGCGGCAACCCCUUGCCCUCCUUUGAUUCUGACCAGAAGAGAAUUUCCUCCGAAGAUCCGAAAGGCGAAACCAAUGGCAAAUGAUGAAUUUGAUUUAGGAGGGAGUAAUCGGUGUGCUUAAAGUGCAGAAUGUGAAUUUUUUAGGGUAACACAACUACCCUUUAGAUCAUCCAUACAAUCAAGAGAGUAUUAUGUUGUCAUCUAAGAGUCUGGAUGGAGUGUAAGGGAAGGUAUAUAAGAGUAAGGAUGUGUGAUUGUUAGUCUUUCGUACCCUUCUUCACCCUUAUUUUUCUUACCUUCCGAAUUGGGAUGCAAGGACGGAAGAGUAUGUUACUUUUUUUUGUUUACAGUUUUUUCUCCUUUUUUCCCCUUAAUUUUGUUUGACAUGUAAAAAGCUUCAAGAAUCAAGGGCUAUAUAUAUAAGUGAGUUCUCACUCACUUUUAUUAACUCUCGUCUACUCUUAUUUUCCUUUCAAAACACUUCCAAACACGGGUCACCUAUUUAGGGUCCGAUCUCCUCAACUUUUAACUCACGUUAUCCCUACUACAUCUAUACUCUAGACUCCAGUUAAAACUAAGGCCUCCAUUCAAACAGAUCCUUAAUUUUUUUUGUAAGCAGUGUAUGGUUUUUAUAUGCAGGAACGUAACUUCUCAACACUUUUAUCGGUGAGCUUCUUCUCUAUAAUGUGCCCCCCUGAAGACGAUUGUGAGGGGAUCAUUUCUCGGAGCUUGGUCGAGUACAAUACCCUCAAGCAUGGCACCUUAGAUCACAAGAAAGAUUGGUGCUGGUUUGUGUUUAAGCAUGUAGUCCAACAUGUUAGCUGUAUAUCCAAAACUAUAUAUGCAAUAAUCUGCACUCAUGUUUUGCACUCAUGUUUUAUGCAUAUUCAACAUGAGAAAUGCAAGAUCUUGUUGGACAAUAGAAACAAACAAAGUUCAUACAAAACAAGAUGAGAGAUUAGAUGUAAAUUCCUUGACAUUUGUAAUUUUCU